AUGCACUCCACCAAACACCGCCGGAAAGUAGCGCCGGCCAAUGGAGACGCAAACGACAACUCCGCCGAUAAGCAGGACCAGCUCCACCUCUCCGCCGCCAUCUACAACGGCGAGGACCUCGGCCCCUUCGUCCGCAAGGCCUUCACCACCGGCAAGCCCGAGAUCCUCCUCCACAACCUCCGCCACUUCGUCCGCUCCAAGGAGUCCGAGAUCGAGGAAGUCUGCAAGGCUCACUACCAGGACUUCAUCCUCGCCGUCGACGACCUCCGAUCCCUCCUCUCCGACGUCGAUUCCUUGAAAUCCUCCCUCUCCGACUCCAAUUCCAAGCUCCAGUCCGUCGCGGGCCCGCUCCUCACUUACCUCGACUCCUACAUCGAGGCGCAGACCGUGUCUCACAACGUUUACUUGGCCCUCACUCUGAUCGUCUCCUGCAUCAAGCUUAUGGAGCUUUGCUCCAGAGCGAACGAUCAUAUGUCCGCCGGGAAUCUCUACAUGGCGUUGAGGUGCGUGGACGCGAUCGAGACCGAGUUCGUCGAUAAGGCGCCGUCGUCGACUUUGAAGCGGAUGCUGGAGAAGAAGAUCCCGCAGUUACGGUCGCACAUCGAGAGGAAAGUGAGCAAGGAUUUCGGCGAUUGGCUGGUGGAGAUCCGCGUCGUGAGUCGUAAUUUGGGCCAGCUGGCCAUUGGCCAAGCCUCCGCAGCGAGGCAGCGGGAAGAGGAUCUGAGAAUCAAGCAGAGACAGGCGGAAGAGCAGAGCCGGCUCAAUCUGAGAGACUGCGUGUACGCGCUGCAAGAGGAAGAGGACGACGACGACGAUGGGGUGAGCGGCGGGAUGGAUGAUGAUGCUAAGAGUGGAUACAGCAAUGGAGGCAACAGUCUGCUAGGGUUUGACUUGACUCCUCUUUACAGAGCUUAUCACAUACAUCAGACGCUAGGGCUUGAGGACCGAUUCAAGAAGUAUUACUUCGAGAACAGGAAGCUUCAACUGACCUCGGACUUUCAGGUAUCCUCCAUGACUCCAUUUCUCGAGUCGCAUCAAACCUUUUUCGCUCAGAUUGCUGGAUUCUUUAUCGUUGAGGAUAGAGUGUUGAGAACUGGUGGGGGUUUGAUCUCGAGAAUGGAAGUCGAUAAUCUGUGGGAAACUGCUGUGAGUAAGAUGUGUUCCGUGCUAGAGGAUCAGUUCUCCAGGAUGCAAACGGCUAAUCAUCUUCUGUUGAUUAAGGACUAUGUGAGCCUCCUUGGAGUGACACUGCGGAGAUAUGGUUACAUUGUGGAUGCUUUGUUAGAGGUGUUAAGUAAGCACAGGGACAAGUACCACGAGUUACUGCUGUCUGAUUGUCGGAAGCAGAUUGCUGAGGCGCUUGCUGCUGAUAAGUUUGAGCAGAUGUUGAUGAAAAAGGAGUACGAGUACUCCAUGAAUGUGCUUUCUUUCCAGAUACAGAUGUCUGAUAUCGUGCCUGCUUUUCCUUAUGUUGCCCCAUUUUCAUCCACGGUGCCUGAUUGUUGUCGAAUUGUACGGUCUUUCAUUGAAGACUCGGUGAGUUAUAUGUCGUACGGCGGGCAACUUGAUUUCUUUGAUGUGGUUAAGAAGUAUCUGGACCGGCUUUUGAGUGACGUUUUGGAUGGAGCUCUUCUGAAGCUCAUUAACUCCUCGGUUCAUGGGGUUUCCCAGGCUAUGCAGGUUGCAGCCAAUAUGGUUGUGUUAGAACGGGCGUGUGAGUUUUUCUUUCGUCAUGCUGCACAGCUCUCGGGCAUACCAUUAAGAAUGGCUGAGAGGAGUAGGAGGCAGUUUCCAUUGAACAAUGCCCGAGAUGCAGCUGAGGAGAUGCUAUCUGGGUUGCUGAAACAGAAAGUAGAUGGUUUCAUGACAUUGAUUGAGAACGUGAACUGGAUGGCUGAUGAACCAGUACAGAAUGGGAAUGAAUAUGUGAAUGAAGUCAUGAUAUAUUUGGAGACUCUCGUCUCCACUGCACAACAAAUAUUGCCGGGAAACGUCCUGAAAAGGGUUUUGAGAGAUGUUCUUUCUCACAUUUCCGAGAAGAUCGUUGGGGCUCUUGUUGCAGAUUCUGUCAAGAGGUUCACUGUACAGGCUGUUAUGGGGGUGGAAAUUGAUGUGAAGAUAUUGGAAGCUUUUGCAGACAACCAAGCGACCCUGUUCCCCGAAGGGGAUGCAAGUCAGUUGAAAACAGCUCUGGGUGAGGCGAGGCAGUUGGUUAAUUUGCUGUUGAGCAGCCAUCCAGAGAACUUUUUGAAUCCAGUGAUUCGGGAGAGGAGUUACAAUCUGUUGGAUUAUCGGAAAGUGGUCACGAUAUCGGAGAAGUUGAAAGAUCCUGCGGAUAGAUUGUUUGGUACAUUCGGAAGCAGAGGAGCUAGACCCAAUCCAAAGAAGAAAUCCUUGGAUACAUUGAUAAAGAGACUCAAAGAUGUGAGCUGA